GGACAAGUCGGUGGGCACCUGAGGGGGAGCGGCCAUGUCGCGCCCCGCCCCGGCGCAUGCGCGGCGCCACCGAGGGAAGAUGGCGGAAGCCGAGGAGCCGAGGCGGCGGAUCCCGCUGGUGCCGGAGAACUUGCUGAAGAAGAGGAAGGCGUACCUGGCCAUCAAGGCCACCCAGGCCAAGCAGGCGCUGCUCAACAAGCGCAAGCAGCAGAAGGGGAAACAAAUCCAGUUCAGACGCCUUGAGACUUUUGUUCGGGAUUCGUGGCGCAAACGCCGCGAUGACAGCCGGCUGAGGCGCAUGGAGCAGAGACCUGGGCAGGCGGCGGCACCUCGGGAGCACAAACUGGCCUUCGUUGUGCGGAUUGUGGAUAUUAAGGGAGUGACCAGGAGGGUAAAAAGAGUGAUGGAGUUGCUUCGGCUGAGAAAGAAUUUCACCGGGAUAUUUGUUAAACUGACCCCGUUAACCCUGAAGUUGCUGCGGGUCGUGGACCCUUACGUGGCAUGGGGACACCCAAACCUGAAAUCUGUACGAGAGCUCAUCCUGAAACGGGGCCAGGCCAAGAUCAAUAAGAAGAGGAUGCCUCUGACAGACAACAUGCUGAUAGAGGAACAUUUAGGGGGCUGUGGUAUUAUUUGCCUGGAAGACCUUAUUCAUGAAAUCUACUCAACUGGGAGGUAUUUCAGUAAAGUCACAAAGUUUCUGUGGCCAUUCCACCUGUCGGUGGCUCGCCACGCGUCGCGUAACAGAGUGGGUUUCCUCAAGGAAAUGGGAAAGCCUGGCUACAGAGGGGAAGCCAUCAACCAGCUCAUACGUCAGCUCAACUAGUCAGGGUCUUUGUGAAAACUUCAGGAUUUAUAACCUGUUCCUUUUCACAUGUACCUCUAAUGGACAUUAUCUGUAUGCAAGGAUCCACUCUCUCUCUGGACUGUUGGUGCCACUAUAAAAGAAGAAACAGAGAUGAUGAUGGAGGUGGACUUUGGGCUGGUCCUUCUUACACGAAGAUAUAUACUAUUGGAUACAAGAAUGAGCUUCCUUGAGAAAUUUGACUUUUGCAUCUCUGUUAAAAAAGGUUUUUUAUGCUCACUACUGCAGACUUCACUCCUUGAAGUGCAUCUGCUUCUGGGUGUGAAGGGGUAGUGCAGUCACCUGUUUAAGAAUAGGCAGCACAGGCAGAAGAAAACGUCAGGUUUCUCUGUUACUGCAGUGCCAGCCCUUAUAGUGAAUAAUGUAAUUUUUUAAUUACCUAGAUUGUAUUUAUUUGAAAAAAAGAAAAGACAUGGGUUUGUGCUACCAAUUUACAGAAUCACUUUUCACUCCUGCUAGAUUGGGACUGCUGGAGAGAAUUGUUUCCUGGUAGGAAAGCCCAGGUUUGUAAUACAGUGGUGGGGUACAUGUAGUCAAUGUUUUUUAAAUAAACUUCUGGAAUUAUAUUAUUAUAACAGAAA